AUGGACAUCACCAGCUCUUCUCUUCAGUUCCAAGACUGCAGUGACUUCCUGAUUGAAUGCAAGAACCUUCAGGAUCAAAGCCACACCAUAUCAGAUCCUGGCUACUACAGUGCUGGCAGCAGCCUCUCUCCAACCUCUUCUAUAGAUUCUUGUGGCUUUUCCCCUCUAGCUUACUCUUAUGGAGUAGAACAAGACAUACCACAGAUCUUGCCACACAACAACAACACUACCCAGAUGAAGAGAAAGGACCAGCCACCCAAGAGAACCGGGCGGCCAAGGUCAAAAUUCCCUGGGGUGAAACGGGAAACUGCAAGUGAACGGGAGAAGCUAAGGAUGAGGGAUCUGACCAAAGCCCUUCAUCACCUAAGGACGUACCUGCCUCCAUCAGUGGCACCAGCUGGAAAGACUUUGACCAAGAUUGAGACACUGAGACUCACUAUCCAGUACAUCUCUUGUCUGUCUGCGCAACUUGAGCUCAGUCAAGAUGAGCCAAAUCAUGGAAUUCCUUCAGAACAGAUCCAGACUGCGACUUCAUCAACCAUGUUUGACAACUUCAAUGAAGUUCCUACACUUACACAAAGUUUACCUGCUCAGCAGAUCCAACCUAUGACUUGUUAUCAGAAUCCUGUUGAAGGCGAUUUCCUUUCAUUCUCAGCUCAGGAUCUUUGGUCGUGCCAGCAACAUAAUUUAUCCUAUUGA